AUGGCAGUUACUUCCAACCCCAAAGCAGAUAUGAGAAGGGAUGAAUCUGAUCUCUCAUCCACCCACAUCGAUCGAUGUGACCCCAGGCAAGAGAAGUCUUCAUCUCCGGAACAGAUCAAAGUCGAACUUACCGAGGCCGAUUGCUAUGCCGAGCUUGGCUACUCCUUCUCCGAGUCUAAGAAGUGGACUAUCAUUCUGGUCAUCUUCUUUGUGCAGACCUCCAUGAACUUCAACACAAGUCUCUAUUCCAAUGCAUUGACGGGAAUCUCAGAGGAGUUCAAUGUCAGCAAGCAAGUAGGACGUUGUGGUGCAAUGAUCUUCCUCGUUCUUUAUGCCUUUGGCUGUGAGCUUUGGGCCCCAUGGAGUGAAGAACUCGGCCGAAAGCCAAUCCUACAGCUGAGCCUUCUUCUAGUCAACAUCUGGCAGAUUCCUGUUGGCAUUGCCCCGAAUUUCGCCACAAUUAUGGUUGGCAGGGCUCUAGGGGGAAUAUGUACCGCUGGUGGCUCUGUCACACUUGGUAUGAUUGCCGAUCUGUGGGAGGCAGAAGAUCAACAAUAUGCCGUUGCAUGCGUGGUCUUCUCAUCCGUUGGAGGCUCCGUUUUAGGGCCAGUAGUUGGGGGCUUUGUUGAAGCCUACCUACCCUGGCGCUGGAAUAUUUGGAUCCAGCUCAUUUUUGGCGUAUUCGUCCAAAUCGCCCAUCUUGUGCUCGUCCCCGAAACUCGAACAACGAUCAUGCUUGAUCGCAUUGCGAAAGAGCGAAGAAAGAAUGGAGAAGACGUUUAUGGCCCCAACGAGUUGAUCUCGUUCAAGGAUCGAUUCUCGAUGAAGGAGAUAUUGAUCACUUGGAUCCGACCUUUUCGCAUGUUCCUUACAGAACCUAUUGUCCUCACUCUGUCAUUGCUCAGCGGUUUCACUGAUGCAUUGAUCUUUAUUUUCAUCCAAUCCUUCGGUCUGGUUUACGCGCAGUGGGACUUUGGCCCCGUCGCCCUCGGUCUCUCCUUUCUUCCCAUCAUGGUUGGGUAUGUCAUCGCAUGGAUCAUCGCGAUUCCUGUGAUCAGACGAAAUGUGAAAGAACGCCAGAUGAAGCCCAAUGAUGAGCGUGCGCAAUACGAGUCUCGGCUCUGGUGGCUUCUUUACACGGCAUUGUGUCUCCCUAUUGGCAUGAUCGGCUUCGCGUGGACCAGUCUCCCCCAAUGUCAUUGGAUCGGCACUAUGGUGUUUUCAGCGAUUAUUGGAAUCGCAAACUUUACCAUCUUCAUGGGUACCAUUGACUAUAUGAUAUGCGCUUAUGGGCCUUACUCCGCUUCUGCAGCUGGCGGAAAUGGCUGGUCUAGAGACUUUUUGGCGGGAGUUCUCACAGUACCUGCUACGCCCUUCUAUGAAAACAUUGGUGGCAAAUAUCAUCUCGAAUACGCAUCUACCAUUCUAUUCGCCAUAUCCGUCGUUUUGGUCAUCACCGUCUACGUAAUUUAUUGGUAUGGGCCUGUGCUGAGGAAACGCUCCCCCUUUGCACAGCAAUUGAUCGACGCCCGCGCGGAGACCCACAACCGUAUCCUUGAGCAACACCCCGAGAUUCCAAUGGGAAGAUCAAACCAACUCGCGAGAUCGCAGCAGAGCUUGCGGAUACGCCAGACCAUGGGCAGUCGCACAGGCAGCUUUGUAGGGUCUCGCGCGAACUCUCGUGUGAAUUCACGAGUCAACUCCCGUGCAAAUUCACGACGCAACUCUUUGUCUUGA